UAAAAAAGGAGCACACUUACUCAAGUAUGGUCGCAGAGGGAAGCCCAAAUUUUGUCCGUUCAGAUUGGCCAAUGAUGAAUCUGUUCUAAUAUGGUUCUCUGGGAAGGAGGAAAAACACCUUAAACUAAGCCACGUCUCAAGAAUCAUACCUGGUCAGCGCACUCCAAUAUUUCAGAGGUAUCCUCGGCCUGAAAAAGAAUACCAGUCGUUUUCUCUUAUAUAUAAUGAUAGGUCUUUAGAUUUGAUCUGCAAGGAUAAAGAUGAAGCCGAAGUCUGGUUUACUGGUCUAAAAGCGCUUAUAUCACGUAGCCAUCAUCGGAAGGGGAGAAUGGAAUCAAGAAAUAAUGGAAUAUCAUCCGAAGCAACCAGUCCUAGGGCAUAUACCCAAAGAAGUUCUCCUUUGAGCUCUCCAUUUGGCAGUGGUGGCAGUUCACAGAAGGAUGAGGCAGAUCCUGUUCGUCUACGCACUCCAUACGGUAGCCCUCCCAAAGAUGGUUUGGAGAAGGCAUUAUCUGAUGUAAUGUUAUAUUCUAUGACUCCCAAGGUUUUAUAUCCCUCAGAGUCAGCUUCUGGGUCAAUUCAUUCUCUGUCAUCAGCAGGCUCAGAUGGAACAACUGGACAUAGAAAAGGUAUGAAUGGGGAUGCUUUCAGAGUCAGUUUAUCUAGUGCUGUUAGUUCAUCAAGUCAAGGCUCUGGCCACUAUGAUGGUGAUUCUCUAGGGGAUGUUUUUAUUUGGGGGGAAGGCAUUGGCGAUGGUCUGUUGGGUGGGGGAAGUCAGAGAAUUGAAAAUUCAUGUGGUGUUAAGAUAGAUUCUCUUCUUCCUAAAGCUCUGGAAUCUGCCGUUGUUUUAGAUGUUCAGAAUUUAGCUUGUGGUGGGCAACAUGCAGCUUUGGUAACCAAACAAGGAGAAGUUUUCUCUUGGGGAGAAGAAUUUGGUGGUCGACUAGGACAUGGUGUAGACUCUGAUGUCUCCCAUCCCAAGCUUAUAGAAGCUCUUAAAAACGUCAACGUUGAACUUGUAGCAUGUGGGGAGUAUCAUUCUUGUGCAGUAACACUUUCUGGUGAAAUGUACAUGUGGGGUGGUAAUUCUUGCUAUUUAGGGCUUCUAGGGCAUGGACAUCACACAUGUCAGUGGGUUCCAAGAAAGUUAGAUGGACCAUUGGAGGGAAUACAUGUCUCCUCAGUUUCUUGUGGACCAUGGCACACGGCUGUUGUAACUUCUGCUGGACAAUUAUUUACAUUUGGUGAUGGAACAUUUGGUGUUCUAGGUCAUGGUGAUUGUAAAAGUGUGUCUAUGCCCAGAGAAGUGGAGUCCCUUAAGGGCCUACGCACUGUACGAGCAGCUUGUGGUGUUUGGCACACUGCUGCAGUUGUUGAGGUUAUGGUUGGGACUUCUGGUUCCAGCAAUUGCUCCUCAGGAAAGAUUUUCACAUGGGGAGAUGGAGAUAGAGGUCGUCUUGGACAUGGUGAUAGAGAAGCUAGGCUGGUGCCUACUUGUGUUGCUUCUCUUGUAGAAGCCAACUUUUGUCAGGUCGCCUGUGGACACAGCCUGACUGUUGCACUUACAACAACUGGUCAUGUUUACACCAUUGGAAGCCCUGUGUAUGGUCAGCUUGGGAAUCCUCAAGCUGAUGGAAAAUUCCCUACUCGUGUUGAGGGGAAACUUCUGAAGAAUUUUGUGGAAGAAAUAGCUUGUGGUGCAUAUCAUGUGGCUGUUUUAACUUCAAGGACUGAGGUUUACACUUGGGGAAAGGGUGGAAAUGGUCGAUUAGGCCAUGGAGAUAUUAAUGAUAGAAAUUCCCCGACGCUUGUUGAGGCUUUAAAAGAUAAACAAGUCAAAAGUAUUGUUUGUGGUGUUAAUUUCACUGCAGCUAUAUGUCUUCAUAAGUCAGUCUCUAGUGUUGAUCAAUCAAAGUGUUCUGGCUGCAAUCUUCCAUUCAAUUUCAAAAGAAAACGUCACAAUUGUUAUAAUUGUGGACUUGUCUUUUGCCAUUCAUGCAGCAGUAAAAAGUCUUGUAAGGCUUCCAUGGCACCAAAUACCAACAAACCUUACCGUGUCUGUGAUAAUUGCUUUGCCAAACUUACAAAAGCUUCUGAAACCUGCUCUUCUGUCCGCUCUACUCUUAGUAGAAGAGGAAGCAUGAAUCAGGGAUUAAAUGAAGUUGUUGAAAAUAGUGAGAAGCUGGGCUCAAGAACCCAUGGCCUACUCAGCAGAAAUGCUUCUAUUGAAUCUUCUAAAGAAUUGGAAGGUGGAUUUUCCAAAAGAAACAAGAAAUUAGAACUUAAUAGCAAUCGGGUUUCACCCUUACCAAAUGGUGCUUCUCAAUUGACCAUGCAUAACAACUCCAAAAUUCCCAAUGCUCUAUUUGGGUCAUCAAAGAAAUUUUUCUCUGCUUCUCUUCCAGGAUCGAGAAUUGUAUCUCGAGCUACAUCACCUACAUCCAGGCGAUCCAGUCCACCCCGUUCCACAACACCUACACCAAUUGUGUCAGGGUUUUCAUCAAUAAAAGUUGUUGAUGUUGCAAAAAGGACAAAUGAAAGUCUGAGUGAGGAAGCACUUGAAUUAAGAAAUCAGGUUGAAGUACUUACUCGUAAAGCACAACUUCAAGAAGUCGAGCUGGAAAGAGUAACUAAACAGCUGAAGGAAGCCAUAGCAUUGGCAGCAGAAGAAACUGCAAAAUGCAAAGCAGCAAAGGAAGUAAUCAAGUCACUUACUGCUCAAUUGAAGGACAUGGCUGAAAGGUUACCAAUUGGAGCAGCAAGAAGCAGCAAUUCACCUUCCUUUUCUUAUCAUAGCUCAACUCCUCCUCAGGAUGUUUCUUGUGUACCUAGUGAGCAAUCUGGUAGUCCCAGUCCGACAAGUUGCCAUGAUAUGGAUUCAAAUGGAUUGAACAGCCUGGUGAUUUCUAAUGGGUCAGGAAGCAACAAUAACUACCCAUCAAUUAAUCCUGAAGUGGGGAAUUCUGAUACAACAUCAAAGAAUAAGAACAGAGCAACAAAAACUGAACCCAAUCAUGGGGAUGAAUGGGUUGAGCAAGAUGAGCCAGGUGUAUAUAUCACGCUUGUUGCUUUGCCUGGAGGGGCAAAAGAUCUUAAGCGUGUACGAUUCAGCCGAAAGCGCUUCACUGAGAAACAAGCAGAACAAUGGUGGGCGGCAAACAGGGCCAGGGUAUACCAGCGUUAUAACGUUCCCAUGGUUGAAAAGCCCAGUAUUGGCAUAGGGAGGGAGGGGUUAGCUCAUUGACUCAGCAGAAGAUUCAGGCUUCAGGAUCUGAAGUUUGGUGUUCUUUGGAGACUGAAGAACAGGCUAGAUGCCCCCCAUUUUGUGGAUAAUUUGUCCACUCAAAUUCUCUCCUGUUUCUUUGGAAGAAUUGAUAGCCUGACGGAUAGAAUUCUUUGUAAGUAGGCUGGUCGUUGUAAUCAAAAUAGCUUUGUAAAUUCUUGAGAAAAUUAUCACUAACAAUUUAGAGCGUACGGCAUUCAUAAACUGGAUGCGUGUUCCAUGUUUUUUUGUAGGCUGUCUCGCCUCCACCUUUUUCCUUACGGGUAUUAAAUUUUCAUUUUCUACUCUUCUUUUAGAGUCCGCUGCUUUGUCAUUUAGACUUCAACAGACUGUCAGAUACCCAUUUAACA